AUGGUGGCAGAAUGGAGUGAAACGAUUGUUUUUGAAUUUUAUCCAAAACUAAGAACAGAAAUAUGUUUUCGUUGUUGGGAUAAAUCUAAAGGUCCUAGAGACCGUAUUGGUGAUGCUAAGGAAGAUUUAAAAAAUAUUGAAAUAUUCAGUAAUGAAAACCAUAAAGUCACUCGCGAAUUAUUCAAAGGUGAAAAGAAAGUAGGUGAAAUAUCAUUUGAAGUGUACUUUUUGUCUAAGAAAGCACCUUUAAAUCAAAUGCAGGUGUACAGUAAUCCGCUACAUCUAGAUGAAAAAAUUGGUGUGCUUUUGAUAAAUGAUAUAAGAUGUGAAGGAGUAAAUAAAGAGAAAAAUUUUAAUUUUCUCUUGGAAUUUUCAAUAAAUGAAUCAAAAGCAUAUCAGACCAUUAGCUACCAAAAAAUAGUUUAUGAUAGAUGGAAGUACCCUGUGGCUAUUUUGUUAAAAAGUACGCCGGAAAUUAAUCUUAUACUGCGUUGCAGAUAUAGGGACAAUGUUUUUUUCAACUCGAAGAUUGAACUUGCUAAAGGUUCUGUUAAAGAAAGUACUGGUUUGCUUUGGCAAAGACUAAUGCAAAGUACUGUUAUAAAAGCUCCAUUUUCUGAAAAUAAUGGUGUCAAAAUCACAUUAUCGAUAUCUUGUCAUGAGCUACUCUCGUUAAAACAUUUAUUUGAAAAUUACAACGAGAAUCCAAUUCCGACGCCUGUUAGAAGAAGUCGUUCUACUUUUGAGAAACCCGAUCGCCUUUCAGAAGGCAAUUCAUUUUAUCCACCCAUACCAAGAUCCAAACGAUCAUUGCAACAAAUACCAAAUUACAAAAUUGUCUGUAAUCAACUUUCUACUUCACCAAAUUCAUUAUUUAAUGAUAAUUGCAAAGAAACUCCUUCAAAAAAAUAUGAAACUUUACCUGCUACUAAUAAUAGAACUAGUAAUUACAGUGAUAUUAGCAAUGGUAGUAAUAGUACCACUAGCAGAAAAACUAGUCUAGAUAGUCUAGAUAAAAAAAGUGAUGUCAGUAAUUCCAUGUCAAAUUGA